AUGUCUCAACAUCCUUCAUCAUCUGGUUCCAAAUCCUCCCAACAUGCGAAGAAUCCAUCUAUGGGGUUUGGAGAUGAAGAUGUAAUGGACGUCACUCCUCUGUGCAUGAUACCUGGCGACACCACAGGUACCGCCUCCAAUGCUGGAGAUAAGCAAGGUAAUACCUCUGGUAACUCCUCUCUUCCUAAAGACACGCAUUACACUGAUCGCGCUAUAAGGAGACUGGUUACUAGAAUACUGAGUGAAGGACAUGUAGUUGAAGGGGUCUCUACCCCUCUGUCCAGAAGGGAACCCUCUCCUGAGGGUAAAACCCAUGCUGAUAAAGAUGAUGAUUCAUUUAGAUCAGAAAAAGAGGUGGCAGCUGAAGGGCUUUGCUCUCUAGGUAAAACCCUACCUAGUAAGAAACAAAAGGUGCCUCAAGAAGAUAUUGUUGAUCUAGAGGAAGAAAACACUGAAGGAGAAGAUGAUUCUUUGGUUCAUCUAGUUAAACCGAACAUAGCUGAGAAACUGAGAGCUAAGAAUGGAAAAAGUAUGGCUAACAUGAGAGCUGCUAGAGUGAAAAAUGCUGCAGGAAUAGGACCCUCAAAACCCUGGAGCAAGGUUGAGGUUAAGAAAAGAAAAGAAAGAGACAACUCUGACUCUGAGGAGGAUGUUCAAGACGAUGUCCCAGACAUCUCCCCUGCAAAAAGGCAGGUUGUUCAGAAAUCUCCUGGCAAGGCUACUGCUGUUCAUCUAGACAAUAUCUAUUUUCACUUGGAAGAUGGAGCAGCAAAGUGGAAAUAUGUCAUUCAAAGAAGAGUAGCCAUUGAGAGAGAACUUGGACAAGAAGCUGUAGAAGUAAAAGAGGUUAUUGAGCUGAUCAAAAAUGUUGGACUCAUGAAAACUGUGGUUACUCUAACCCAAUGCUAUGAGGGACAUGCUUCUACAAAUGCUGUAAAGUUACCUAUUGUCUUCCCUUCCCUUAUUUGUGGCAUUAUCCUGAGUCAACAACCAGGGAUCCUGAGGACAAGUGACAUUCCAAGCAGGAGGAAAACAUCUUUGUCCAUCCAUUACAAGUUGUUUGAAGGAAGUCAUGUCAAGGAUGUCAUGACAUCUGGUAGAAGGGAGUCUACAGCUAAAGGAAGCUUGAUUGACCAACUGAAAGAGACCUGCAAAGAAUUGGAAGAUGGUAUAAGGGUGGCCAGGGCCAGAAAGGAAGCUUUAGAAGUUCUCAUCUGUAGCCUGGAAAGGGAAGACAGAGAAAAGGCUGGAAAGGAAUCAAAUCUAAGAUCCCAAUCUUGUUCUGAAAGCUGA